AUGGAUAUGCCAGUGAAUGUGCCAGUGGACGACCCGAAUGCGGAUACAGAAUGGAACGAUAUUCUCCGUAAACAUGGCAUCAUCCCGGAGAAGCCAAAAGACCCAGAGCCGAUCAUUCAGGAGGCUCUUCUUGAGGCUACACGCAAAGCCCACGAGAACCGGCUCGAGGAUAAAGACUUGGACGAACUCGCCGACCUGGAGGAUGAAGAGGACGAGGCAUUUCUGGAGCAGUACAGGCAACGUCGCCUUGCCGAACUCUCAACGCUUCAAAGGAAGAGUGUAUAUGGUCAAGUCUAUCCGCUUCAGAAGCCUGACUAUGCACGAGACGUUACAGACGAGAGCUCGAAAGCAUUUGUACUUGUCAACUUGACAUCUUCGCUUGGAACAAACGUCGAGUCCCGAGUUUUGACUGAGGUCUGGCGUCAAGCCGCUGCCAAGUAUGGCGAUAUCAAGUUUUGCCAAAUAAGAGCGGACCUAUGUAUCGAAGGGUACCCUGAACGCAACACACCAACGAUUCUGAUCUACAAGGAUGGCGACAUCAAGCGGCAGCUUGUAACCCUGGCACAGUUGAACGGACCACGGACGAAUCUUCGCAACAUCGAGCAGCUUCUCGUGGACGUUGGUGCAAUCACCGCGAAUGACAUGCGGCUUAGGCGGAAAGAUAGUGAUGAGGAGCUCAGCAACAGCAAGAAGGCCACAGACGACGAUAAUGAUAAUGAUGAUGAUUGGGACUAG